UCGUCCUGCCCCGCCAUGAAGUUGAGCAGCCGCGGCCGGGGAUGCUGCGCGGGCGGCAGCCGGGAGCGCGGGCCGCCGCCGCGGAGCCCCUUCGUGCACCAGCUGCGCUUCAGCCCCCUGCAGAAAGCCAAGAUUGCCUUCAUGACCUUGACUCUGUUUCCUAUCCGACUCUUUUUUGCUGCUUUUAUGAUGUUGCUGGCCUGGCCUUUUGCGUUCAUUGCUUCAAUGGGAUCUGACGAGCAAGAGCUUGAAAAGCCCCUCUCCUGGUGGCGAAAGAUAGUGGAUAUUUUGCUGAAGGCAAUAAUGAGAAUGAUGUGGCUUGCUGGUGGAUUCCACUGGAUAAAUGUAAAAGGCAGACGGGCAUUGCCAGCAGAAGCAGCAAUAUUAACGGUGGCUCCCCAUUCUUCCUACUUUGAUGCCAUUCCAGUAACCAUGACCUUCGCCUCCAUUGUGAUGAAGGCAGAAAGCAAAGAUAUUCCUGUUUGGGGAACUCUGAUCAAAUAUAUCCGACCAGUAUUUGUAUCUCGGUCAGACCAGGAUUCUCGCAGGAAAACUGUUGAAGAGAUAAAGAGGCGUGCCCAGUCUGAUGGUAAAUGGCCACAGAUAAUGAUAUUCCCAGAGGGCACUUGCACAAACCGAUCCUGUCUAAUUACAUUCAAACCUGGAGCGUUUAUUCCUGGGGUUCCUGUGCAGCCAGUGGUUUUACGUUAUCCAAACAAACUGGACACAAUCACAUGGACAUGGCAGGGGCCAGGAGCGUUUGAAAUUCUCUGGCUUACUCUAUGUCAAUUUCACAAUUCUGUGGAAAUCGAGUUUCUACCCGUGUACAUUCCUUCAGAAGAAGAAAGAAAAAACCCAGUGUUAUAUGCCAAUAACGUCAGGCGUGUAAUGGCAGAGGCAUUGGGAGUUCCAGUGACAGACUACACGUUUGAAGACUGUCAGCUGGCUUUGGCUGAGGGACAGCUUCGUCUACCUUCAGAUACAUGUCUUUUAGAAUUUGCAAAGCUUGUGAGAAGCCUUGGGCUGAAGCCAGAAACACUUGAAGAUGAUCUUGAUAAAUAUGCUGCCAGUGCCAUGAAAAUGAAGAAAGAAAAGGUUAAUCUCAAAGAAUUUUCAGCCUACUUGGAAUUUCCAGUUUCUCAGACAUUAGAAAGUAUGUUUGCACUUUUUGAUGAGAAUGAAAAUGGUGUAAUUGACAUUCGGGAAUUUGUCAUUGCUCUGUCAGUUGUUUGUAAGCCAUCCAAAACUCUGGAAACAAUUCAGCUGGCAUUUCAGCUGUACCAGUCAGAAGGCGGAACUGUAACAGAAGAGGAUUUAGCUCAUAUUCUGAAGACUGCCAUGGGUGUGUCACAAAUUGAUGUUACACAUCUUUUUAGAGCUGUAGAUGAAGAGGAAAAAGGAAAGAUUACAUAUGACGACUUCUACACAUUUGCUGUGUUGCACCCACACUUUGCAGAAGAAUAUCUCUAUGCUGAUCAGAUGGGAGCUGAGAGCGACUUGAAGACUUCAUCUCUCUCUGCUCCUAAUGGUAUCUGUACUGACUUCAGCCCUGACAGCGCUGGAGAUAGAAGGAGGCCCUUGCAGAAGAAACUGAAUUAACACUACAACUGUUACCUUCCUCUCCUGGUGAGAGGGUUGUAUUUUCUUGGGAUUUUCAUAAGUCACUCCAAUUAUACAGCAAAUACCAGUUUUGUGUGUGAAAGUUCUACCUGAAUACCAUCCUUUGAAUCAUAUGUGCUAUGUCUUACAACAUGUUCCAGGUUACCUGGGGAAAGGUGUUUCUAUUUUUUUUGAAAAGGUCUUUGAAAGGCAAAAAUGUGAAUGUGCUUCAUUAUUAAUGUUCAUAUUUAAAAGGAAGCGGCACAACUUAUUUAUAUUCCAUUGGCUAGUUCCAUGUACCGAGUGUCGCACAAACUGUGCAUGUAUAAAGAAAAUGUAGCUACUAUGGUGUAAAGUGCACUUUGGUGAUUAGUGUUUUCCCUAGUUAUGGGGAUGUUUAUUUGGGGCCAAACUUUGCUGUCCAUAUCUGAAUAGUCAGUCUUGUUGAUUUUGGUGGGAAUUAUUCUCUUGAGCAAGGCAAGCAUACUUUGGCCCUUUGUUUUGGUUUCAGUGAACAGUUUGGAAACAGUAAUACAAAAACUUGCUAAGGAUUCCUUUUUUAUUUUUAUUGCUGAAUGACAAAAUUGUUUCUCUUUCCAUGGUAGAAUGAAAAGGAGAAGAUACUUAUCCCUCACCCCAGCACUUUUCUACUGUAAUCUUCCGGAUGCAAUUAAACAUGAAUUCUUUCCAAACUGACAUGCCACAUACUGUUUGAAAAUACAUAACUGAACUGUUUGUGCUUUUCUCUCAUAACCAAUCCAAAUUACAUCCACACAACAUUUUAUGGGAGAUGUAUC